AUGUCACUCCCACAACUUGACAUAUAUUCAGUGCAAAUAGUAAGUAACCACUUCAAAACAGCAGAAGACUAUUUGAAUGUGAUUUGUGUGUGUAAAAAAUAUCAACACUUGUUAGACCGAUUCAGGUAUAACCCAAUAAGUGUCGUUUCUACACGACUGUUUCCGUAUAUGGAGACACAACACUUGUACAGUGAAAGUGACAAAAUUUUCAAAAAGACAAAGAAGACGAUUGCGUGGUACCCAAUUUUCUUUUUCAAGACGAUGAAGUCGCCAAACAUCACGUUCAAGAACGUCAUUUUGGGACAGAAUGACUUGAAGAACAAAAAGGUUCUAAAAAUACCCAAAAACACGACAGCACUUGGCUUUAAAGCAAUGGCAAUGUUCCACUUGGCUGAUAUUGACAUCCCAUCAAGAAUAACACGACUUGCAAAUAAGUGCUUCUUCGAGAUGGGACAACUCCAAAACGUCACAAUUUCGGAAAACGUCUCGACGAUUUCAGACGCGUGUUUCUCUGGAUGUAGUUUGCUCACAAACGUCGUGUUGCCAAAAAACGUUGUGACGAUUGGCGAGAGUGCUUUUAGACUCUGCAGUUUCCAGAGGAUCAGUUUGCCUGAGAGUAUUCUUCUUAUUAAGCCAAACGCAUUUGCUCAAAACUCUGCGCUCGAAGAUGUUGUGAUUCCACAAAAUGUUGUUGUGAUUGAGUCGGGUCUCUUUUCUUAUUGUCAUCGGCUUAGAAGAGUGGUGCUGCCUCACACCCUUAAAAAGAUUUCUGAAAACGCGUUCAGAAAUUGCUCUCGCGUUUCGAUUAUUGAUGUGCCCAGUGGUGUCUUGUUUUGUGCCAAAUACGCAUUUAAACAUUGCAGCGCCCUGCAACAAAUGUGUUUGAACCAAAACUGCGUUGUUGGUGAAGGCGCGUUUUCGGGGUGCGACUUUUUGACGCACCUCGACAUCCCUAAUGAAGACGGUAUGAUUAAAGAAUGUAAAGACCCCCAAGAGAAAGCCGUUUUAAGUAAGUUUUACACUGUGGCGAACAAUACCAUUCCAAGACCAUAUUUAAAGAAACUUGGAAGAAAUAGUUUUGAUGUUGAAUUUGAUAAUAGCGCGAGAGGUCUUCUGUUUCAAAUCACAAAAGAAAGUCUCGAAGGAAUGAAUCAAGGUUUGUCCAAUGUGUUUGUUCCAGAGACAAUUGAGUCUUUGGGUGGGCGUUGUUUCUCUUCGUGUUCGACUAAUUUGUCUUCAAUUGCCAUUUCAGAGUCUGUAACGACGAUUGGCGAAGGUGCCUUUUCAGGGUGUUCUCAUAUCAUUGUACUAUGUAUUUCGCGAAAUGUAUUAGAAUUUCCCAAAGAAAUGUGCAAAAAUUGUGAAGGAUUGAAAACAAUUGAUUUUUCUCGGAAUGUCUAUAGCGUUGGAGAGUGCUGUUUUCAAAAUUGUUGUUCAUUAAAAGAGCUAUCGUUUGGUGACUUUUGUGAAAUUGGGAUGGGGUGUUUCGAAGGGUGUUCUAGCCUUACGAAGUUGGUUAUUCCUUCUGAGAAUUCGACAAUUAAAUAUAAAGUUGUGUACGAAGAAGUUCCACUUUUGAAAAAGUUGGGGUACACGUGCACAAGCGCACACGUCACAUUCGACAAAGCCAGAAAUCCUGAAAAACUUGUCUACAACAUGCUUAUGGAAUUCAGUGGUGAAAUAUCAAGCACUUUUUGUGGGACUAAUUUCAAGUUUUUAAGUGGGGUGACUAAGAUUUGCAGUACCUUCUUCCAUGACCAACACAAUUUGAAAAGUAUUGUUUUCCCUUCGACUUUAGUCGAAAUUGGUGACAAAUGCCUUUUGAACUGUGACAAGCUAGUUCGUGUGACUUUUCCGACGUCGUUGACAAGAUUUGGAGACUUUGUUUUUGAGGGUUGCAAAAAUUUGGUCGAGAUCAACGGAAUAACCACUUGGGGUGGUGUUGUGAGUGACAAAGAGAGGAGAGUUAUUGAAUUGUGUGGUAUCAAAUGUAGCAGAAUAUUAUUGGACGGUGACGGGUUAGUUCAAAACAAAAUGGUACCACCCAACACUGGGGCUUUCAGAUGUUACACGGAAAAUAUGGAGUUGGAAGAUGUUCUGGUUCCUCAGGGCGUUGUUGUAAUAUGCGAGGUGUGCUUUUCUCAGUGUUACAAUCUGAAGCGAGUUUCUCUGUCGAAUACAUUGGAAGAAAUUAGAGCAAGGGCGUUUGAACACUGUUAUUCCCUCAGCGUCAUUACAAUCCCGGACUCUGUCACAUUUAUUGGCGAAAAGUGUUUUUAUAGCAACUUGUCGCUUCAACAAAUCAAACUUCCACUGGCUCUUUGUAACAUUGGAGAAGAAGCUUUUGGCAUGUGUACAUCUCUUUGCUCAGUCACCGCGCCAAAGCGUGUAUUGUUAUCAGGGAAGUCGAUUUUUUAUCGCUGUGUAUCAUUAAAAGAAGUUGUUUGCUCAGGGGACUCAAACCACUCUGCAUUUGAUUCAAAUAUUUGUGCCCCAAGAGUGGCACCUUUCCGGUAUUGUCAAUCUUUGUCACAAUUUGAUAUGCCAACAAAUUUACUCGAUCACAGUUUGUUGAUGAAUUCCUCGUUUUGUGGUGCGACUUCCCUUGAAACUUUUGUCUUUUCAAAUUCCAUCUGCCACCUCCCAAAUAAUCUUUUUGAUGGAUGUGUUUCUCUCAAAAUCGUCAUUCUUCCAGAUUCACUAAUCUCGAUUGGGGCGUACACGUUCCACAAAUGCAUAUCUCUAAAAGAGAUAACAAUCCCGCGUCAUGUCGAAUAUAUUGGAUCGAAAGCUUUUGCAAAUUGCAAAUCCCUCGAAAAAGUGGUUCUUUGCAAUAACAUUUUUGAAGGCUCCAAAAAUGUUUUUCUCGGUUGUGACAAAAUAACAAGUUUUGUGAUUGGUGGGCAGAACGUCGAGUGUCCGUACUCGGUUUGUUUCAGUGUGUUCGUUACUUUCCAAAAGAACAAUAUAAAACCAAGCCACGUUUUUAUAACACAAGAUGACUUAGCUUUGGUGGAAAAGGACAUUAAAAAACCAAAUUCUCAACUUGUCCAAGAUAUCACUGAUGGCAAUGUUGAAGUUGACAAGAACUGUUUCAAACUUUUCAACACAAAAACAUAA